UUUGGAUAACGUCUGCAUAUGCCGUUUAUUAUUAUUAAUUUUCACUGUGUGAAAUAGAGAAAUUUAACGCAAAUUAAUCUGCAAAUUGCAUUUGAAUUGUAAAAGGCGAAGUUACUCCUAAUUCAAGUGAUUAAAAAAACAGAACAACCGCAAAGCGAAAUCCCACAAAAAUUACUGCAUAAGUAAAUAGUGGAAAAGUGAACAACCAUCGGAGCGGCAGCAGCAAUCAGUAGUGUCAGUAAAUGUUAAAAUAAAAAUAUUAAAUGCGAAAAAGUAUAUUUCGAAAGAAAUUGCCGUCGAAGUUAGCACCUUUUUCACAUAUGUUGCGAUUUGUUGGUUAAUUAUAUUAUUAUUAAAAUUUUCUGGAUUGCGUUAUUGGAGAGUGACCAUAACAACAUUAUAAAAUCUUCCUGCAAAAUCAACGUAUGCAACGGAGCAACAGCAAAAAAGACACAACCGCAUUUUGUUGCAUUUUUUGUAAAACGCGUGUACGAAUUGUUUAUAAUUGAGUUUGCUAUAAAUUUGAUACCUAGUCGUCAGCACUGUUGACUCGAUUGGAGAUAAAAAUUCAAAAGAAAAACGUAAACGUAGUUUCGUAAACUUCGCGCUACCUUGCUGAGUUGUGUGUGGCGGGCUACCAUUAAAAAUGGCUGCGGUAAAUGAUUGCUUUACGAUUGGAUCAUCCGUGCUGUGUACGACCUGUUUCAAUGAGGAGGUGGAAGGCGAAGUGCUUGCAUUUGAUCACAACACAAAGAUGCUAAUACUAAAGUGUCGCUCGAAAAACUCAGAACAACUUAACGAUGUUUACGUACUGAACUUAUCCCUAUGCAGUAACGUAAAGGUGAUCAAGGAGUGCAAUGGCAAUUUCGUUGAGGAUCCACAAAAGUUGAAUUUGGAGCAGAUUAAAAUUCGACUACGCAACACAGUUCAGCAACGACAAAUGUAUCUUAAGUCAAGAAAUGCGGACGUUAGCUUGGAAGCACAGGAACUGUACAGAACAAUUGCAAAGCAAUUUAAGUCUAAUGAAGUAUCUUGGCAAGGCCCUAAUAUUCAAAUAUUCAAUGAAGUAACUGUUUCGCCACCAUAUCGAGUGGAAAAUGUAAUUUCCACUUCCAAUAACAAAUCUUUAUGUAAUUAUAUAAAGAAAAUGAUCGAAAAAUUUUUCGAGGGGGCAUCACAGGAUAAUAGUUCAGCUGCUGCGGGUACAUCAUCAGCAUCUUCGUCCACAUCGUCGUCGUUGUCAUCAUCAGCACCAUCGGCUUCAGCAGGCACUUCUUCGUCGAGUAACGCGGCCUCGGGUUCACCUGUGCCAGCCAAUUAAUAGAAAAGACCACAAAUCGUUUAAAAAAAAUACAUAUAUUUAAAAGAAUCAAAAA